AUGGAGAACACGCGAGUGUUCGUCAGUGGGCUUCCGCCCUCCUGCUCCAAUGACCAGCUUCGCAAUCAUUUUGCUGGCCGUUUUCAGGUCACUGAUGCCCAUGUUCUACCAAAACGCCGUAUGGGUUUUGUCGGCUUCAAGAGCCAUGAUGCGGCACAAGAAGCCGUCAAAUACUUCAACAGGACAUAUAUGAAGAUGUCCAAGAUCACGGUAGACAUUGCUCGUCCGAUUGAUUCCAAACCUGCUGAAAGGGCUCACCCGACACGAAGACUUGAUGCAGACCACGGUGCCCAGUCCUCGGAAAAUGCGCUUAAGCGUAAAAGAGAUGAGAAGCCUCCUGACCCUAAGUUGCAGGAGUACCUCUCCUUAAUGCAAAACUCUUCCAAGACCCGCACAUGGGCAAACGAUGAUGGCAUGGUUAACCCAGCGGAGGAGCCUGCCGUGGCCAUUAACCAACCGACUCAGGACACCGGUGCAACCGAGGUGCCGUCCCACGCGAAGAAGGCCCGCAUUCAACAACGUGUCGAUUGGGUUGAUAAGGAGCCAGAGCCUAUUGUCGCCGACCAGAGUGAAGAAACGGGGAAUGAGAACACAACGAUGCAGGACAAUAGAGAAAAAGAAGAGGAGGAAGUCGAGGCGCCCCCUAUCUCGGAUGAAGACUGGCUCCGAUCAAAGACAAGCCGUCUUCUGGGUCUGUUGGAUGAUGACGAGGAGGCUGAGUAUGAACUCAGGGCUCAACAAGCAGCCAAAUCUCCGAGUCCCAUCAAUAAUGAACUUGAAUCUCGCACCGCUGCUGUUAAAAUCAUUGCACCUCAGCCUGCCACUAACAGUGACGAUGAAGAGGAUGAGGAAGCUGAAGAUGUAGCUCAGAUUACGGCUGAGCAACAGAAGAACAUCGACCUCAUUCGUGACUCUGCUCGCUUGUUUGUCCGGAAUCUUGCUUACGAUACAACGGAUGCGGACCUUGAGCCGCUCUUUGCUCAAUUUGGCAAAGUCAACGAAUUCGCCGACGCCGAUGCGGCCAUCGAAGCUUACAAGGCUCUCGAUAGAAAACAUUUCCAAGGCCGGGUGCUGCACGUCCUUGCGGCCUCUGCCAAGAAGACGUAUAAAAUUGACGACCAUGAGUUGUCCAAGCUUCCCUUGAAAAAACAGAAGCAGAUCAAGCGCGUCUCCAAGGCAGACCUGCUCGACCCGACAUCGUCCGACGCGGCAGUCAAACAAGCUCAUGCUGAAACGCAUGUUAUCCAAGAAACCAAGGCUUACUUUGCGGCUAAUGGAGUAAAUAUCGACGCCUUUAAGGGUCGCGAACGUGGAAACACCGCGAUUCUGGUGAAGAACUUUUCUUAUGGAGUCAAGUCUGGUGAACUCCGGAGUUUGUUCGAACCCUACGGUCAGAUUAUUCGAUUGCUCAUGCCACCCAGUGGCACAAUUGCUAUCGUGGAGUUCGCUCGACCCGACCAGGCCCAAAAGGCUUUCAAGAGUCUGGCCUAUCGCAAACUUGGUGAUUCGAUCCUUUUCUUGGAGAAGGCGCCAAAGGACCUGUUCGAUCCUUCGGUCACCCCCAAGACUGUUACCACAGAGGCUCGCGGCAAGGGCCAGGGGUUCUCAACGGUCGAUACUUUCGCGGCCGACGAGCCCGAAGAGGGAAGUAUGACUUCGACUCUCUUCGUCAAGAACUUGAACUUCUCGACUACCAACGAGAAGUUCCUCGAGAUUUUCCGGCCACUGGACGGCUUUGUCACUGGACGCAUCAAGACCAAGUCCGAUCCCAAGAAGCCUGGUCAAACUCUCAGCAUGGGUUUCGGUUUUGCAGAAUUCAAGACCAAGGCUCAAGCCCAGGCAGCUCUCGCAGCCAUGAAUGGGUACAAGCUCGACCAGCACGAGCUGGUCAUCCGUGCCUCUCACAAGGGCAUGGACGCUGCCGAGGAACGGAGACGCGAAGAUACGGCCAAGAAGAUCGCGGCCCGACGGACCAAGAUCAUCAUCAAAAACUUACCCUUCCAGGCCACGAAAAAGGACAUCCGAUCACUCUUCGGGGCCUACGGACAACUCCGGUCCGUGCGGGUGCCGCAGAAGUUCGACCGCACGGCUCGUGGUUUCGGUUUUGCGGACUUUGUCAGUGCUCGCGAGGCGGAAAAUGCCAUGGACGCAUUGAAAAACACGCAUCUGCUGGGCCGCCGACUGGUGCUUGAAUUCGCGAGCGAGGAGGCUGUCGAUCCCGAGGAGGAGAUCGCGAAGAUAGAGAAGAAGGUAGGGGAACAGGUGGACCGGGUCAAGGCCCAACAGAUGAUGGGCGGCGGCCGAAGGAAAUUUACCGUAGGGGCCCAGGAGGACGAGGAAGCAUGA